GAGACGGUUGGAGAGCCGUACAGAGAGAGCUGCUGUGCUGCUUCAAUAUAGAUUUUGCUGCUGUGACUCUUGCCUGUUGCCGAAAGAGUGAUAACUUUAACUGUUUCGUGUUUUUGCUUAAUUUCCUUACUGAUCUUUGGUGGAGUUCAAGGUAGCAUAGAAAAUGGAUCAAAUGCUAUCCAGUCCUGGCUUCAGUAUUCCAUCAAUUGGCACUCCACUUCAUCAGCCAGAGGAAGACCAGCAAAUUUUACCUCAUAACAGCCCUAUUCCGACACAACGUCAACAACAACAACAAAAUGGGUUUGGACUUGCUCUUCCCCACCAACAGAUCAACACUGCAUCUAGCUCACAGAACCUAUACAGUUUACCGGGAUUUACACCUCAGCACAUGUUACAACCUCAGACUCCGCAAGCUCUUAUGUCACCUGCUCCAAACCGAGGGUCUAGUGCAGCCAUCGGGGAUUCACACUUGCAUUCACAAGGCACACCAGCUCCUGCUGGAAUGUUUGGCCCAUCUACACCUGCUCCCAUGACACCACACACACCAGCUUCUGCUGAUCCAGGAAUUGUUCCUCAACUACAGAAUAUAGUAUCAACAGUGAAUCUGGGAUGCAAAUUAGAUCUAAAAAAGAUUGCUCUCCACGCCCGUAAUGCAGAGUACAACCCUAAACGUUUCGCAGCCGUGAUUAUGAGAAUCCGAGAGCCCAGAACAACAGCCCUUAUCUUUAGUUCAGGGAAAAUGGUGUGUACAGGAGCUAAAUCUGAAGAAGAUUCAAGAUUAGCAGCCAGAAAAUAUGCUCGAAUCGUACAGAAGCUUAACUUUCCCGCAAAAUUUCUUGAUUUCAAAAUUCAAAACAUGGUUGGUAGUUGUGACGUGAAAUUUCCUAUCCGUCUAGAAGGCCUCGUUUUGACACACAGCCAGUUUAGCAGCUACGAACCCGAACUCUUCCCUGGUCUCAUUUACCGAAUGGUCAAACCUCGUAUUGUUUUGCUUAUUUUCGUUUCAGGAAAAGUUGUGCUAACCGGCGCGAAAGUUCGCCAAGAGAUCUACGAUGCAUUCGAUAACAUAUACCCCAUAUUAAAAAGUUUCAAGAAGCAAUAGCACAUCUGUCAACAUGGCGAUGACAAAAUUACUUACGUACGUUGGUUAAAUUCCAAUUUUCCUCCUUUGUUUAACUCAUUGCUGGUUCUGUGCUAUUGGGCAACCAUCGGGUAACUCAAAAUGCGCUUUUCAUUCACAUUUCUUUGUAUUGAUAUUUCAUCCAGUAAAAAUAAUACAGACAUUUUUCACAAUUUAA